CAGAGUUCUUCCUUGGUUCUUAGCCUCAGUAAAACACAACUUAGCAACAUUGCAAGUAAGGUCGCGUUCAUUUAAAGUCGACCGAGUUUUUUGGAGAAGAGAAAACACCCAACAGGAACACGACAACCACAACCAUGCGUCGAAGACGUAACAGAUUGACCCAGCCAGACGAAGUGUUCCUGUCCAACACGGACAAACAAGAGAUCCUCCUGGAGCUCCAAGCGGACACCCAGCCGUGGCAACACGAGGACGAAGCCGAGCUGUCCGAAGAAGACCUUCCGGCCGACGCCAUGGUAGCAUGGGAGCAGCUAAUGGCUAAGUUCACGGAAGCAGAGACCCGUUUCCUCCCCCACUCUCAAGCCACCCGGACGUCGUCCACCCCACCCGGUACGCGAAGGCUCGGGCAGCGGGGCAGCUCAGAGCAGGCGCAGAAGGGGUACCAGACGGACACUUUGCCCUCAACAAUGUCUGCCAGGCUCUUCCCGUGCGGCUUCUCCUCCCCUCAGUCACCACCUGCUGGCAACUGUCCAGAAAGGCGCCAGCGGCGCACACGCACAAGGCCAGAUUCCAGGCUUCCUAGAGCCCACCCGCCCGUGCCCUCUGCUCCCGCCGAACAAGCGCUCCCCCCACCAGCUCCAUCUAGCAUCUGGAAUCUGCUUCCUGAGGGGGGGGCCAGUGCUGGUAGCGUGUCAGCGGGACAAGCAGACCUCAUUCCACUGAGGAUGCUGCCUGCCUCUCCUCCAGCGGGGGCGCUGUCUGCUUCGGUCCUACUUCCUGCCCCAGUGCCACAAAGCAAGUUGGACCCGCCAGAGAAGUACAGUCCGGCUUGGGUGGAUGAGUGGUACCGCAAGGUACUUAUUGAACUGCAACUGGAGGAACAAUCCCAACCAGCAGAGAACACUCCGCCCACUCCUCUGGCUCCUCCCACGCCGACAGCCCGGACGCCUGCCACUCUGACGCCACCAUCAACCCUGGUGGUCCUGCAAACGUCAUCCUCUCCACCUCCUGCUCCAGCACUGCAAAGCACACAAGACCCCGCAGAGACCAACCCAGUAAAAAGGGCAUUGCACCAACAGGCCAAACAACUUGAACAACAAGAGGAACAGUUUGGCGUUCUUGGGGCUUGCGUCAACGCCAUGGCGGAACACCAAGACGCCCGCCUUGGUGCUUUGGAGAGACAGAUGGGAAGUAUACUCUCCGCACUGCAGGUGAUGAUUCCCCCUACGGCCAACCCAGCAGUCCAGCUGAGACAUCCACCACCCACAGAGACUCCGUUGCCUGAUUCGUCCUUGGCUCCGCCCACGCCGACAGACGAGCCAGCAGACAGCUUCUCCAUGAUGGUAUCCAGAAUUAGGCCAGAAAUCCCAAAAGUCUGA